CGUUUCUACUGGGAGAAUCCAUAACCGCCCCCUCCCACUUUUAGUGCCCCCGCUUCGGAUGCAUCUCAAAAUACAUAAAGCCUCCAUGUUGGACUCAGUUUUAAACCUUUCGACUGUAAAGCGUUUACAUUAACGUUGUACAUCUUGCAUUUUUUUUCCUGCAUCUUUUGGUAUGUAAGGGAAAUUUGGACAAGAUUUGCACUCAAGCGGGCUUCUGAAGAUUUCCAAGGCUUGUUCCAGGCACGGCGUCACAUUUUUGUGGAUUGGAGCUUUAUAUAGCUAACUUGGGCUAGUUAGCAAUACAUCGUUGGAUUUUUUUUUUAAUCCACGCGUUUUUAUUGGAUGUUGCCAACAAAAGUUAACCGUUGGCAGAUAUCAACAAGCGGUGGCUUUUUGUACAAAGCCCUAAAUGACAGCCCCUAACUGGUUUCCAUUCUUAAACGUGCUAGCUGGCUGGCUACCGCCUCUACCACAACCCCUCGCCUCGGACGUUAGCCUGGCUUUGUGGGCUAGCUGGUUUUCUUCAUCCUAGACGGCUAGCUAGCGUUAGCUCGCCUUCGAAGCAAGCUCGCCAGUAGGAGUAAACAUUCGGGGAAACAGAAAAAAAAAGGAUCACGCAUCAGUCUAGAUGGACCACAUGUCCAUAAUAACCCAAGUUUCCAAUCCUAAAGAGGAGGAAAUAAUAUCCUUUAACCAGGAAAAAGCAUCACAGUCCAACAUUAGCCUAAAGAAGCAGAGGAGUCGCAGUAUCUUCAGCACGUUCUUUUGCUGCUUCCGCAACUACAAUGUAGAGCCACCGGCCAGCAACACCACCACCAGCUCCCUGCCGCCACCUGUUGAGGAGAAUGGAGCACCUCCCAAGUGUGACCAGGUCGAGGUCAUCCCUGUCCCUAGUCCUCCAGCCAAAUACCUCUUACCUGAGAUGAACAUAUCUGACUAUGGCAAGAAGUGUGUUGUGAUCGACUUGGAUGAAACCCUCGUGCACAGCUCAUUCAAGCCCAUCAGCAAUGCUGAUUUCAUAGUUCCAGUGGAGAUUGAUGGCACCGUUCACCAGGUGUAUGUUCUAAAAAGACCCCAUGUUGAUGAGUUUCUGCAGAAGAUGGGCGAGUUAUUUGAAUGUGUGCUCUUCACAGCUAGUCUUGCCAAGUAUGCUGAUCCUGUGGCAGACCUUCUGGACCAGUGGGGGGUGUUCCGCGCUAGGCUCUUCCGAGAGUCCUGCGUCUUUCACAGAGGGAACUAUGUCAAAGACCUCAGCCGGCUGGGUCGAGAGCUCAACAACGUCAUCAUUGUUGACAAUUCACCUGCCUCUUACAUUUUCCACCCAGAAAAUGCUGUCCCAGUCCAGUCCUGGUUUGACGACAUGAAUGACACAGAGCUCCUGGACCUGCUGCCUUUCUUUGAGGGACUAAGCAAAGAGGAGGAGGUCUAUGGAGUUCUGCAGAACCUGAGGGGCAGGUAGCAGGAGACUACAUCACUGCCACCACUUGCGCGCUCCACCUUUCUCCCCAUCUCUCUCUGCCCAUUAGUCACAUCUCUUAGACUCGGGCAGAACUUCCACACGCGCCCUUCUUGCCUCUGCCCCAAGGGAUACACCCUGGAGUCUCACUGUGGAAACCUUCCAAGUAAGCUCCGCUCUGCUCUUAUUUCCUGGCGACUGGCUGCUUUCUGAGUGCAGUCAGCAACACACUCCAUAUCCCAGGAGCACUGUGUUUCAGUAACACACACCCCCACACCCCCCACCGCCAGACAGAAAUGGUCAGCAGAGCAUCAUGCGUUGUUGACACUGGGGAGAAACACGCAAAGAGGAAUGAACUCUGGUCUUUAUUUUCAAACCAACAGACAGAGUUUUACCAUUUGGUGAAGUGCUUAUUUUAAAACCAAAAAAAAAGAACUUUUUUUUUUGUCUGAAGUUGCUUUUGUGAUACUACACAAAAGUCUGAAAAGAUUUUGUCCUUGUAUUGUUGCUAUGCAGGCAGUUUCUGGUAGUAGAAAGGACUGUGAUUCUCAUUUCUUUUCAUACUGAAUCAAGUGCCUUUUGUGAGUGUUGUUUUUAUGGAGAGAUAUUUUGUACAUGGUAUAUUUCCAGAGUACUCCAAUCUUUUCAAACAAACAAUAUGCUUUAAAGUGGACACAGAGAGGUAUCUUUAAUAUAAAGGCUCGGUUUAAUUCUAGCUGGUGUUUCUUGACUCAUCAAAUGCUGGGUUAUUGUCAAGGUUAUAUUCUUCUUUUUCCAAUUUGCUUGUGCCAUUAUAUAGACACAUUUUGUUUUUGUUUUUUUGUUUUGUUUUUUUUUUUUGUUUUUUUUUUGUGGUCAUUCAUUAUACAUAGAAUAGUUUCUUAUGUGUUUUACGUAAAGGAAUAUGUUUGCAAUUGUGAACAGUACUUGCACCCCAAAUUGCAGAUAGUUUUUGGCAUCUGUGAUACAAUUUUCAUCUUAGAAUACAGAAAGUGUGUGCCAUUUCCAUACCCCCCCCCCCCCCCGUGUCAUUUUAUUUUUUGCCAAAUAAAAUAUUUCAGUUUCAGCUUACUAUUUUACUUGGAGUGGAGCUAAAACCAUUGUUAGUGAGUAUAGUAUGAUAGAUUAUUCUUUUGGCAAUAAGCCCUCAGUUGUAUAUUUUUAAUGUUUAUGGGUCAUACAUGUUUUGUGAUCCUUAUUCUUUUAGACUGUUAGUGUUUAGCCAGCAUGCAAAGAAUUUUAAGCACAUUAGGGGCUGCAGUUCUACAAUCUCACCCAUAGGGAGAGACCUCAACACAAAAUUCAUUCUUGAUUGUACACAGUUGCAAGGGUAUCCCUUUCGUUGUUUCAAUUCAUCUACUUACAGUAAAUGGGUAGAGUGCCAUUUUUUUUUUUUUUUAAUGAAUUAAUUCUCGUUGGGGUAAUGGGUUGAGUCUGGACAGUGUCGAAGACACACUGUGCUGUACUUGAUUCACAUACAGCGUUUGACCCAGCCUAGUUCACUCUAGUAUGAUACCAGUGAAAGACAGGAUGUGUGGCGUUUACCUUCCUAGAUUCUCUAAACUGCUCUUCACCUCAGUGCCUAAGUUGAGAGGGUGCACACAGUGCUGCAACAUUUAUUACCAUGGCAAUAACUUUUUUUGCUGGGGAGAAUCCAUCCCAUGGUAGUUGGUUUAGAAGUCGAGAGCACUUUGCAAGGCUAGCCAUACAGGUUUGAGUGACACUAGGGCUGGCCCGAUUCUCACUUUACAGAUUCUGAAAAAUCAUCAGUGUUUUAUGAACCCUUUGAACUUUACAUUUACUGGAAGUCUGUCAAAAAACUAUUUUGAAUUAAUUUACAGCUUAUUUGAACACUUGCAAAUUCAGAUUUUUUUUUUCCGGACAAUUACAAUAUAACUUGAUCCUUAUUUAGAUGUUUCCUGAGCGUCUAUUCUGCUUCUAGCAGCCAAAAAACAUCUCAUUGUUAAAGCCAACUGUUUCAUGAGAAGUCAUUGUGUUUUUAUUCUGGAGGAAAUGUGAAACGAUACCUUCCUAAUAUCACAGGUGUCCCAGCCAAUGGUUUGAUGCUGAAGAUUUGGGGCCAGCCCUAACUGAAACACUACCGGAGCACUGCAAAAGGACCACGACGCACCUCAUCAUGGCAUUGAUGCCUUACUGCCUGUGGAGGCUUAGAGCAAUUUUUUACUCAUAGUAAUAACCUUGGAAUUUACAAGUUCUAGUAUUAUCUUUUACAUUUGCUCACUCUUAUUAGGUGUAAUAAAGGCUCAAGACCAUAUUUGUGGAACCUCAUGGGGUCAAAUGAAUAGCCUUGUGAAGCACAAAGAGAUGAAGCAUGGGAAGGCUCUUUGGCUCCCAUCUCUGGGACAGUAUGUCCAACGAAGCCUCCCAUGCUUUAUUCAGUUUCUUUUUUGGUCUUUCUCUCUUUCUAAAGUCUUGAUGCCAUAUUGGAGAGGCCUGCAUUAUUUAAUGAGAGUGCUUCCAAGGACUUUUCCUUUUCCCAGUCAUAAGCUUGCUGCUCCUACAGGCGUAUUGAAUUAUUUCUCGUCGCUGACAUAAGCAUUUUAAGAUGUUUGUGCUGAUGAGUUUGAUGCUCAUGAUGGGAGUUUCGGUGCAAUGUCCUUUUGAUAUGAAUUUGUUUCGCCUACUCUUCUCAACCUUUCUCUGAAAAUGUUGGUAUUGUGAUAUUUUUGUAGUUACCUUUUGUCAGUAUUUGGUUUUGAAAUGUUGCAUAUUUACCCAUUGUAUCCACCUGGUGUCCCACCCCCCACCCCCCCUCCCAAUAUUCUCUCAGCUCAGUAAUGUCCCUCUCCCCCCUUUGGUAAGAAUUCUGUCAGGGGACACGUGUGUGUGUGUGUGUGUGUGUGUGUGUAAUGCUUUAGAUGGGUGUCUGUCCGUCUGUGCCCCCUUCACAGGAAUUCGUUUCUCACGCGUAAUCAAAGAAUUACUUCCAUCUUGAUUCUUGAUUUAAUACCAAAGUUCUACAACACUUGAGUUUCCGCUGUGCUCACAGAUUAUUUUGUAAGGUUUUUUUUCCCCCUCAUUGGUUCACUUUUGAGUCAUCGCUUCAUUGUUUUCAUCUUGAUCAUCAUCUUCUGUUUCUCUCACAAUAAAAUGGUUC